AAAGAGGUUCCGGCACUACUUGGGCUGGAGGAGACAGAAUGGAGACCGCGAUCGAAGAUCCUGGGCUGGACCGGGGCCCGACGCUCACCUCGUCCUGGGACGCGGCGUGCGGGUCGCUGACCCAAAGCCUCCUCCUUACCCGGAUUGGGCCAAGUGCCCAAGACUUGAACUUCGAGCAGCUGCUAGCACCGCCAUCUCCGGGUUCGGAUCUGGUGAGUUUGAAGAAGAGCCUGAGUCGCCGCGAUGAAAACCCCUGCUUCCUUUACCUGAAGUGUGGGCCUAAUGGGGCCGAAGAGAUACUUUCAGUUGGCAUCCUGAGUUCAGCAAGAAACAUGGAAGUAUACGUAGGAGAGGAGUAUUGUGGAACCAGUCGGGGCAAGAAUGUCUGCACUGUCGACAGUGAACAUGAAAAGAUUCUGUUGUACAAAAAAUUCCUAAAAUUGGAAUCUCCCACACAUGCUUGUAAAAUAAAGUUGCUGUCCUUCGGUGAAAAGCAGUGUGUGCUCAUCAGUAAAGUUGUGGUGUACGUGAGACCCAGGUCAGCAAAUCCUUCACCCAGCCCUUCUGCUCUAGGAUCACGGAUAGACCUCGACAGUGUCCAAACCAUAAUGGAGUCCAUGGGGUCAAAGUUAUCUCCUGGAGCUCAGCAGCUGAUGAAUAUGAUUAGGUUCCAGCAGCAGAAUCGUCUUCCCAUUGGAGAUCAACUUCAGUCAGUGUUGGGAACCACAGGACACAAGCAUCUGAUUGCACUGCAGUCUUCACUUUCUUCAGGAGUCGUAGACAAGGCGUCCUCUACACCUUUUCCUUUUAGAACUGGAUUGACACCUUCAACCAUCACUGAAAAUCUAAAGGCUCUUAUUGAUAAAAGCACAAAGCCACCUGGAGAAGGAAAUACCACAAACCAUGAUGAGUGUCACCUUGUGCCACAAAACCAUUCCCUUCUUGAAAAUGAUCUUAAAAAUGCAGUGUCUUCUUUCUUACCAAAGAAGACGAGUGGCAACUCAAACACGCCCAACUCUGAGUUGCUGCCAUUUCUUCAGAAUUUGUGUAGUCAGGUCAACCAUCUCCGAGUGGGACAUAAUACCAGGUGGCAAGAAAACAUCUCCAAGCCCCGAGAGAGCAUUGUCGGUGUCUCGAUGGAAGAGCAGCCUAUUUGCUCCUACUUGGAAAAGAUUCUUUCUAAAAACAUGGAACAGAUGGAAAAGAAGCUUAUGGACCACAUUGAUGAGAGGAUCUAUCAGCUCCAGGAGCACAUAGAUGCUAAAAUGGCUUUGUUAGUGGACUUGCUGCGAAAUCCCAACUCCCCACCUCCUGGGCUACCUCUAAGACACUAUGACUCCAGAGAAGGACUUUCCAAUGGAGAGAGAUAAGCUGCCAACAUACACAAUUAUUGCAGAUAUUUAUUACAUAUUUAUUACAGAGCCAAAAUACAAAAAAGGUUAUGAAAAUCAAGUCUCUUUAAUGUCUUUUGACGUAUCAUUGUCUUACAUGGUGACCUCAGUGCUCAUUUUCAUUGUACUUGUUACUGUAGAUUCCGGUCUGUGCACCAACAGCUACCCUGAUACCAUCCUAAGUUAUUUUGCUUACUAUAUUUUUCACUCUUACAGAAAUGUAUACUUAUGUUGCUCAAGUGUUUGGGAUGUGUAAGGACUUUAGUUUAUUAGUUUAUAUUGUAUAUUACGUAUGUUUGAAGUGAAUUUUUUAUUUAUACAUAUACCUAUGAAAUAUAGUCUCAGGAGUAUGAAAAGAAUUGCUAUGAUUUUUUUUUCUAAUUAUUUUUGGAAAGUUGGAUACCUGUACUCUUUAAUUUAGAGUACCAGUUUAUACUUGCUGUUAUUUAUCUGAGAUGAAUAUGUACAAUGCUUGGGCUGUCUGAGAUAGUUUACAGAGUGAGGAGUCGAUCUGUUGUCCAUUACAGUGCAGCUGUAGAUCGCUUGUGUUCAGUUCUACUAUUUCAGAUUUGGUGCUGCAGCUAAAAUGGAAAGAAAUUCUUUUCUGGAACUGACAGGUUCUUUCCCCAGAGGCCUUUUCUAGCAUGAGUAAUGUGUGACAUUCUGAAAAUCUAAAACGAGGACUAAGAUAUGUGAAUCUAGGGUUUUGCAAUCUUCAGCAGACUGAAUUUUCAGAACUUGAGUGUUAUGUCUGUGUUGGUAAUACAGCUGCGCCUAAAUGCAUUGCUCUUAAGAUCAUCUGGAAGUGAAUAGAACUCUUUUUAUCUAA